GUCACCACUCAAACUCAUAAUCAAUAAACAAAAUACACUUAUGUUAUUUGAGUGUUAUUUUGUAAUUGAAUUCAAUAUUUGAUAAGUGAGUGCAAUGGAUGAAGGAAAUUCAAUUAUAUACGGCCUAGAACAUCAGACAAGAGCGUUAUCACCACAAUAUGAAAGCGAUGCUAUUCGUUUUCUAAUAGGCACACAGAGCUUAAAGCCUCAGUCUAAUCAAGUGCAUGUAGUUGAACUGGAAGAGGACACUGGAGCUUUGCACACAAAGGUAUUUAAACAUGACAUAGGUGAGAUCUGGCAUCUCCGCUGUUCACCACAUGAUGUGGCAACAUUACUCACCACUCAUAAUACUUAUGAUCCGGAAACAUCUCAAUGUACAAUGGGUGUUACUAUAUACAAACUGCCUACUGUUGAGGUUAUACCAAAAGAUCUGGACGACUUGAAUGCAAUGCAAGGCAGGAAUGCAGAUGAUAUGGAACUACUCAGAACUAUAACACCUGAGAAACCAGAAGAAGAGAUCCGUUGUGCGGAAUGGCAUCCAACAGAUGCUAGCCGUAUCGGGAUUGUAUACGAAAGUGGAGUUACCGUCCACGAUAUCAACACUGGAGCUGCACUGGCGACCGCCACGCCGGAGGCGAAGUCCCGACUCAAGUUCACUGGCGGCAAGUGGAACCCACACCAGGGACAUUGUCAGUUUGCAGUACUACAAGACAUGCAUAUAAAGUGCUAUGACACGAGAACUGAUUGCAACAAGCCAUCAUGGAGCAUAGACAAUGCUCAUAGACAACUCGCCAGAGAUUUGGACUUUAAUCCCAACAGACAGUUUCAUUUGGCAAGCGCUGGUGAUGACGCAGCACUCAACAUAUGGGACUACAGAAAUGGAAAGGAACCUAUAUUCAAUAGAACUGAUCACUCACAUUGGGUAUGGACAGUGAGGUACAACACAUACCAUGAACAGUUACUGCUAACGGGCAGCUCUGAUGCCCGUGCAUUGCUCACCGCUGCUGCCAGCAUCUGUGAUACUGAUGAAGAGGGCAAGAGGCUCAGUCAGGUUUUGGAAGACGGUGUACUACAAUCAUACGAGCAGCAUGAAGACUCAGUGUACUGCGCGGAGUGGAGCGCCGCGGAGCCCUGGACCUUCGCCUCGCUCAGUUACGACGCACGGCUUGUGCUAUCACGUGUACCGAGACACUUCAAAUACAAGAUACUACUCUGAUAAAACUAUAGCUACAGACUAAGAUUAAUAAAUCUAUUGCUUAAUGCUUUAAGUUAUAAUUAAAG